AUGUCUACACUUGGCGAAUGCGUCUCAGGUACAACGCACGGCUGGUGUGAUGCUGAUGUCGUUGUCAUGCGAUUAUCACCGCAGUUCGAGAUUCAGGCCGCUCCACGUGCGGAGAUGAUGACCACAGUGCAACCUGCCCAGUGA